CUGAAGGGGAUCGAUCUGGACCUGCCCCGCAACCGGCUGAUCGUGGUGUCGGGGCCGAGCGGUUCGGGCAAGUCGUCGCUGGCGUUCGACACCGUGUUUGCCGAAGGGCAGCGGCGCUACGUCGAAUCCCUGUCGGCGUACGCCCGGCAGUUCCUGGGACGGCUGGACAAGCCGGACGUCGACUUCAUCGACGGCCUGUCGCCGGCGAUCUCGAUCGAGCAGCGCACCGCACAGCGCAACCCGCGCUCCACGGUCGGCACGGUAACGGAGAUCUACGACUAUCUGCGGCUGCUGUUCGCCCGCACCGGCCGCCCGCAUUGUGCCGACUGCGGAGCGGCGAUCAGCGAACGGUCCACCGACCAGAUCGUCGACGCCAUCGUCUCCCUGCCGGCCGGCUCGCGGAUCAUCCUGCUGGCGCCGGUGGUGCGCGAUCGCAAGGGACAGCACCGUGCCGUGUUCGAGGACGCGAUCAAGGCGGGAUUCGUGCGGGUGCGCGUGGACGGCCGCAUCCACUCCCUGGACGAUAUUCCGGAACUGGACCGGAACACGACACACACGAUAGAGGUCGUGGUAGAUCGGCUGAUCGGCAAGCCGGACGUGGACAAGCGCGUGGCCGGCUCGGUGGAGACGGCGCUGGAGGUGGGCUCGGGCCAGCUCAUCGUCCUGCGGGACGGCGACGGGGGCCCGGUCGAGCAGCGGUUCUCGCAGACCAGCUCCUGCGCCGAGUGCGGCGCACCGUUUCCGGAGCUGGAGCCGCGGCUGUUCUCAUUCAACAACCCGCACGGGGCCUGUCCGUCGUGCUCCGGACUGGGAGUCAGUCUGGAACUCGAUCGCGACCUGAUCGUUCCCGACCUGAGCAAGUCCUUCGACGAGGGCGGCAUCGCCACGCACAAUCCGCGUGCCAAGUGGACCCGAUCGCUGUUUCGAGCGCUCGCCCGGCACUGGGGCUUCCGGCUCGACACCCCUGUGGGCGAGUUGCCGUCCGUCGUUCUGGACGCGCUGCUGUUCGGCGCCGGCGACCGCAUUCAGGUCGAGCACCGCACCGCGUCAAAGGCCAGCUAUCGCUAUGCGACCACCUAUCGCGGCGUGAUUCCCGAUCUCAAGCGACGCUACCUGCAGACCGCCUCCGAGAACGUCAAGCGGUGGCUGGAAGGGUUCAUGCGCGAGCAGCCGUGUGAUGCCUGCGGAGGCCGGCGGCUGCGCCCGGAAGCGCUGGCCGUGGAGGUGACCGGUCACAGCAUCGAUCAGGUCACGGCCCUGUCGGUGUCGGCGGCUCUGGACUACGUGCGCCGAGUACGCGAUGAGAGCGGCGGCGACUGGGCCAAGGUGGCCGGCCAGCUCGUCAAGGAGAUCGGUGAUCGGCUGGAGUUCAUGGCCAGCGUGGGACUGUCGUACCUCACCCUGGAUCGCGGCGCCUCCACGCUGUCCGGCGGCGAGGCGCAGCGCAUCCGUCUGGCCACCCAGAUCGGCUCAGCGCUCGUCGGGGUGCUCUACGUGCUGGACGAGCCGACCAUCGGCCUGCACCAGCGGGACAACGACCGGCUGCUGCGUACCCUGUUUCGGCUGCGUGAUCGCGGCAAUACGCUGCUGGUGGUGGAGCAUGACGAGCAGACGCUGCGCAGCGCCGACUAUCUGGUCGAUCUGGGACCGGGCGCGGGCGAGUACGGCGGCCGGGUAGUGGCGUGCGGCGCGCCGCCAGAGGUGCAGGCGCAGGACCGGUCCGUGACCGGACGCUACCUGGCCGGGCGGGAAGUGAUCCCGACGCCGCCGCAGCGGCGGCAGCCGACCGGCGGGCUGACCCUGCGCGGUGCGGCCGCCAACAACCUGCGCGGACUCGACGUAUCGCUGCCGCUGGGAGCGCUGACGGUCGUGACCGGGGUGUCCGGUUCGGGCAAAUCCAGCCUGGUGUCGGAUCUGCUGGGUCCUGCCCUGCGCGCGGGUCUGGACGGCCGGCGGUUGCCGCCGGGCCUCGGCGGGAUAGACGGCUGCGAGCAGAUCGACAAGGUGAUCGAGAUCGAUCAAGGCCCGAUCGGCCGCACCCCGCGCUCCAAUCCGGCCACGUACGUGGGACUCUUCACGCCGAUCCGCGAGCUGUUCGCGGCCCUGCCGGAAGCGCGGGCCCUCGGCUAUCGGCCCGGACGGUUCUCCUUCAACGUCGCCGGCGGCCGCUGCGAGAACUGCGCAGGCGACGGUCAGAUCAAGAUCGAGAUGCACUUCCUGCCGGACGUGUUCGUGACCUGCGACGGUCGCAACAUCGACGAAGUGCUGAGGAUGUCGGUCACGGAGGCGGCGGAGUUCUUCAGACACGUCCCGCAGGUCGCGCGCAGGCUGAGCACGCUGCAGGAUGUGGGUCUGGGGUACCUGCGGCUCGGGCAGUCGGCGCUGACCCUCUCCGGCGGCGAGGCGCAACGCGUGAAGCUGUCCCUGGAGCUGUCGCGCCGCGACACCGGCCGCACCAUGUACCUGCUCGACGAGCCGACGACCGGGCUCCACUUCGUCGACGUGCGGCAGCUGCUGGCCGUGCUGCAGCGGCUGGUCGACAAGGGCAACACCGUGGUGGUCAUCGAGCAUCACCUGGACGUCAUCAAGCAGGCCGAUCACGUCAUCGAUCUGGGGCCGGAAGGCGGCAUGGACGGCGGGGAACUGGUCGCGACCGGGACCCCGGAGCAGGUAGCCCGCCACGAGGGCAGCCACACCGGCCGCUACCUGAAGGAGGUGCUGUGA